CUCCCCUGACUCAUCGCACCAUGGCAGAUACCGAGCAUGACUUCCAGACCGGUGAGUCCGGCGCCUCCGCCACCUUCCCCAUGCAGUGCUCCGCUCUGCGCAAGAACGGCUUCGUGGUGCUGAAGGGACGUCCCUGCAAAAUCGUGGAGAUGUCCACCUCCAAGACCGGCAAGCACGGGCAUGCUAAGGUUAAUAUGGUCGGCAUCGACAUCUUCACCAACAAGAAAUUUGAAGAUAUGUGCCCCUCCACCCACAACAUGGAUGUUCCCGCAAUCAAGAGAUUAGACUACCAGUUGAUCAACAUCAAUGAAGGCUACAUGUCCUUGUUGGGCGACAACGGUGAAGUCAGGGAGGACCUGCGCGUCCCCGAGAACGACAUCGGCAAGGAGAUCGAGUCCAAGUUUGAAGGAGGCGAGGAUUUCCUGGUCACCGUGAUCAGUGCCAUGGGGGAGGAGUGUGCUGUCGCUACCAAGGUCCUGCCCAACAAAUAGGGAGACCAGACAACAAGCACCACCCACAACCAGUCUCUUGCAUUCUCAUCGAUUCUGUCACCAAAGCGUCGGCCUUCACAGACAACCUCAAUCAUUCUGUUGUGAUUCAUCAUUGAUCUUUUUCUCUCCUUUUUGCGUUCGCUCCUCUCGUGGCUGUUUGGGAACGUUCCACCGCGGCUCGCUGCGUGGUCCUCCUCCCGAUCACUGAAGUUUCUGUUCGCCAACGAUCUACUUUAUAUAAAAACAACUUCAAAAUAAUGAUCGCUCGCUCGUUCCUGCUUAUUUUCGCCUUCAAAGUGUUUUGGUUUCUGCCACGCACGUUCCUGAAUGUUUAAAUAACAACAGGAUUCAGCUUUUGUAUGAUUAUUUUUUUAUAUUCUUUAGAUUGAACAUAGCGGGUGUUGAACCCUUUAGAGGGACGGGAGGGGGAGGGCAGCCGUUUGAGUUGUAGGGAGGGAGGGCCGCCCCUGUAGAUACUAGAUCCUGGUUUAGAUUGUCCCAGUAGCAGCUGAUCACUCCCAGUUUGGCCUGUGCUCUGGUUCCUGACUGGAUUCUGUGCACUUAGAUCUGAUUUCCCCCAAUCGCUGGGUUCUGUGGCGGCGAGGCACUUCCAAGCACUUGAGGUCCACCCCCCGCAUGUCAAACCUCUUCUUCCCCCCCCCUCCCAAGAAGAACAGAAGCAAACUUCAGUGAUUUCCCUCAUGAGGCCGGUCUCUGGUCUGUAGAAGCUGGAGGGGUGUGAGGAGCCUGUGCACUCACGCCUCUCGUUCUCCGGUCGAGGUCGCGCUCCGCUGACCCAGUCAUACCCCACCCCCACCCCACCCCCCAGUACAAAAGGAGUGUUCAAUUUUGUUUUGAGAGGCAUGAGUGUGUAGCGGUGUGGGCCUCCGAAAUGUGUGAGGCGGUUUGCAGUGAGGUGUGUGUUUCUUUGGAGGGACUCCAUCGGGGAGGGUGGUAGAGUUUGUUCACUCGAGGCCUUUGUCACCUGACUGGAGAUGGCAGAAAUAAAAUAAUGAAACAAAUGGACAAAAACUGCAAA